UCAGCGAAAGGCGGUCGAGAUGGAUGUUGUCAAACAGCUGGUCUCCACUGGGCAGUUCACAGUCAUCAAACAGCCAUUAGGGUUCAUUAAAAUCUUACAAUGGUUCUUUGCCAUCUUUGCGUUCUCCACCUGCGGCGGUUACUCUGGACUGUUUCGUAUGAGCGUGGAGUGUCAGAACCGCUCAGAGAGUGACCUGAGCAUUGAGGUUGAGUUUGGCUACCCGUUCAGACUGCACCAGGUAUGGUUUGAUGCUCCUACGUGUAAAGGGCCGGAGCCUGAACGUCUGUUUCUGGUGGGAAACAACUCUUCCUCUGCUGAGUUCUUUGUCACCAUCGGUGUCUUUUCCUUCCUUUAUUCAAUGGCAGCCAUUUCUGUGUACAUCUUCCUCCUGGAGAAAUACCGCGAGGGAAACAGAGGAGCUCAGGCUGAUUUUGUGGUGACAGCUAUUUUUACCUUUAUGUGGUUGGUGAGUUCAUCGGCGUGGGCCAAAGGUCUCUCGGAUGUGAAGAGGGCCACUGACCCUGAUGAGGUCAUUAACCUCAUCCCUGCGUGUGACCGCGAGGAAAACCGCUGCAAAGAAAUCUAUGAGCCCGUGAUGUCCGGCCUAAACACUUCUGUGGCGUUUGGCUUCUGUAAUGUGGUGCUGUGGGCAGGGAACCUGUGGUUCGUCUUCAAGGAAACCGGUUGGCUUGCAUCCUUUGCUGGCACUUACAUGCCGUCAGGAGAGAAGCAGCCAGCACCAGACUCCAUCGGCCAGGGCUAUGGGCAAGAAGGUUAUGGCCAGGAACCUUACGCCAGCUCUCAGGGCGGGUACCAGCCCGACUACGGCCAGCAGGGCGGUGGAUAUGAAGGCGGAGGCUAUAAUCAGUAUGGUCAGGGUGAGCCCACCUCCUUCUCCAAUGAGAUGUGAGCUCCAGCUCUGCACUGAUCACAGCACAGCAUGGGUCAUGUGAUCAGCAUGCAUGGAAACUACUAGCUACUGUAUGUUUCCUCUCUCUUCAGUCUUUCUGUAUGAGCAAAUGGGUUUAAAGGGAAGGGGUGGGUGAGGGCUAAAGCACAUUGAAGAAAUCUUAGCAGGGUUGUUACUAAAUUAUAGCUAAAGGAAAAUGCUUUGGACCCAGGAGGAGGUGAGACCCUCGUUUCAACAUGAAGUCUAUCACAUCAAAUCCAGCGGGAGAUUAUCCAUCCUAUUAUGAUAAGCAAAAACUUGAAUAUGCUACCAAAAAAAAAAUGAAUGAAACCUAUGUUACAUACGGGGAGCCGUUUGAAUGAAUUAUAUAUGA